CUUCGUUAUUAUCACUAUCACUUGUAACUAACCAUUUUUUUAAAGAGUCUUCUGUGCCGAAUUGCCAUUGCACAUCCACUUCUCCUGGCCUGUAAGUCAGUAUUGGAUCAUUUUCAAACCUUUCCUUUAGUUCUUCACUCCAUAAGCCAACUUCGUGUUUUAGUUCUUUCAGGCCUUCCCUCAAUCUGUCCUUUAACUGGGGCAAUUUUGAUUCAUCUCUGUACCCACCUUUGUCAUCUCUUUCCCAAAAUGUGGUCAAAAUAGGCGAAGUAUGAAAUGCCCUUUUCGAACAAUUUCGACAUAUAAAACUUCCUACAUUUCGAUUUAAUAUAAACAUUUCAAAAAAUAGAGGUUAAUUUAUUUGAAUUUCUUCUCUUUUAUAUUUAUGCAAGCAAAUUUGUUUGGCCUCGUAUCUGUCGACUUUCAGAAUUUGGGAUUCAAGUUGACAGUGACAGUCAUAUGUAACCACGUGACACGUGACUUAAGGAAAGAGACCAAAGUUCAGUAAACAUGUGUUUUGUUUUAUAAAAAGAAAAACUGGUUUUUAAUAUAUCUUUUUUUUUAAACAGAACAGAAGACAAGAACCAGUAGUCAGUUGUAAAUAUUGACAUUGAAAUGAAAAUAGAAUAAAUUUAAUAUGUUAUCAAAACACUAUGUUUUAUUGGCAUUAUCAAGAAGAUUGGAACAUUAUUGCCAAAGAUCUUAUACUUUAAACACCUUUAAUUUUAGUUUAUUUCAAGAAAAUGUAAAGUUUUCAUGUCUUAACCAAGUAGGAUUUUCAAAUCAGAACAAAUCAAUAUGUUCCAAUUCAAAAGGGGAAAAUGUCCAUUUCACAAAAAAUGUAUCAAAAGAACUGAAAACUAUUAUAGAAAAGAAAAAAGAAAAAUUCAAAGAAAAAGAAAAGAAGCUUAAAGAGAAGGGUACAAUGAUUUUAAAAGAUAUUAAAGAAACUAAGGAUAAGGUUAAGGAGAAAGUGGAAGAGGUUGUGGAGCGUGAAAAUGUAUAUACUGUACCUAAUUUUUUGUGUAUAGCUAGGAUGGCAUUGUCACCAUAUUUGGGAUAUUUAAUAGUGCAAUCACAAUUUGAUGGUGCACUUGGUGUAUUGGGUAUUGCAGCUGUAACAGAUUUGUUAGAUGGUUGGAUAGCUAGAACAUGGAAAAGUCAAUCUUCAAAAAUGGGUAGUUUUUUAGAUCCAAUGGCUGAUAAAAUUUUGAUAGGAACUUUGUUCCUAUCACUCACUUAUGUAGAUCUUAUUCCAUUGGUUUUAACUGGGAUGAUAAUAGCAAGAGAUAUAAUUUUAGUAGCUUGUGGUUUUGUAAUUAGAUACCUUUCAUUACCACCGCCUAGAACAUUGAGUAGAUACUUUGAUGUUACUCAUGCAACAGCUCAACUCGCUCCAACUUUCAUUAGUAAAGUGAAUACUGCUGUUCAAUUAUUGUUGGUAGGAUCAACCUUAGGAGCACCAGUUUUUAACUAUGUUGGCCAUCCAGCACUCGAGUGUUUAUGGUACGUAACUGGCACAACAACGGUAGCCUCUGCCUUAAGUUAUAUUAUGUCCAAAAAUACCUAUAAGGUGUUAAGAAAGUCUGUUAAAUCUAAUGGUAAUUGUAAGACGUAGCUUUAAGCUCAAAAUUGUUUUAUAAAAAAUAUAUUUUCUUUUUGUUGA